AACAAAGAAAGAAUUAUGCACGAGACAGUGCCAGCAGCAUAUCUGAAACGUCGCAGUAUCAUGUAGAGCACUUGACCACCUUUGUUCUGGACCGAAAAGAGGCAAUGAUUACAGUAGAUGAUGGAAUAAGGAAGCUGAAAUUGCUGGAUGCCAAAGGCAAAGUGUGGACUCAAGAUAUGAUUCUUCAAGUGGAUGACAAAGCUGUCAGUUUGGUGGACUUGGAAUCAAAGAACGAACUGGAGAAUUUUCCUUUAAGCACAAUUCAGCAUUGCCAAGCUGUGAUGAAUGCAUGCAAUUACAAUUCAAUUCUUGCAUUAAUAUGUAAAGAACCAACCCAAAACAAGCCCGACUUGCAUCUUUUCCAAUGUGAUGAAAUUAAGGCUAGCUUUAUUCAUGAAGAUAUUGAAAGUGCAAUCAGUGACAGCAAAAGUGGGAAACAAAAGAAGAGGCUGGAAACACUGAGGAUGAUAUCCAAAGCUGAAAGCACCAUCCCACCGCCGCCGCAGGCGCCCGCCCCGGUGCCACCAGGGACCAUCACCCAAGUGGACGUGAGAAGCCGUGUGGCGGCGUGGUCUGCGUGGGCCGCUGAGCAGGGGGAGUUUGAAAAACAUAGACAGUACCAUGAUCAUGAAGAAACAGCAGAGAUGAUAGCAGCCAGGAUUGACAGAGAUGUUCAAAUUCUGAACCAUAUUUUGGAUGACAUUGAGUAUUUUGUUACCAAACUUCAAAAAGCUGCUGAAGCUUUUGCGGAACUUUCAAAGAGGAAGAAAACUAAGAAGAGUAAAAAGAAAGGACCUGGAGAGGGAGUUCUUACACUCCGUGCAAAACCACCACCCCCAGAUGAAUUUGUUGACUGCUUCCAAAAAUUCAAACAUGGCUUCAAUCUUCUGGCCAAAUUAAAGUUCCAUAUCCAGAAUCCUAGUGCAGCUGAACUGGUUCAUUUUCUCUUUACUCCACUACAUAUGGUGGUACAGACAACAGGAGGUCCAGAGCUUGCUGGUACAGUACUCAGCCCCCUCCUAACAAAGGAUACUAUAGACUUUCUGCGAUAUACUGUCACCAGUGAGGAAGGACAGUUGUGGAUGUCAUUGGGUGACACAUGGACCAAAGCCAGAGCGGAUUGGCCCAAAGACCAUUUUAUUCCACCUUAUGUCCCCCGUUUCCGAAAUGGAUGGGAGCCUCCUUUGCUGAACUUCAUUGGAACUCCAAAGGAGCAAGAACUCAAUCAUUUGGCUGAAUCUGUGGCAAAUGUUGCAGAGCAACAGCGGAAGCAAGAAAUGAAAAGACUGUCAACUGAGCCUCCCAGUGUUCCCGACUACCCUCCGUCCGAUGGGUAUGCAUUCAGUAACACAGCUUACAAAAGAGGGCCUCUGCUGGACCAAGGGGCGGCUGUUGCUGCCUUUAAGCAAACUGUUAGCCGACAUGUAGAUAGAAACUAUGAAGCACACAGUAAAGCACAGACCAAGAAAUAUGCCAAAUGCAAGUACGAAUUUAUGGCAAGAAACAACAGUGAGCUUUCUGUCAUGAAAGAAGAGAUCGUAGAGAUUCUGGAUGACAGAAAGCAGUGGUGGAAAGUUCAGAAUAAAAGUGGCAGCACAGGCUUUGUGCCAAACAACAUUUUGGACCCUCUGAGGAAUCAAGAAGGUGGUCUAGGGUGGUCAGAGCCUGCAUAUACCCGCACCAUCCAGAAACAAAGGACAGACUAUGUUGCAAAACAACCCGAUCCAGUUCCUGCUACUCCUUCACCGCCUCCAACACCCGCUCCGGUCCCCGUGGCUGUACCCCUCCCUCCUAGCGCACCCACACCUAUACCGGUUCCUGUGCCCAAAGCACCAGCAACCAUCAGCCGCCAAAGCAGCACCUCUAGCGACAGCGGUGGUAGCGUUGCACGAGACACUCAGAGGCAGAAGCAAGUUCCUGUGGAUCGCAGGAAAUCGCAGAUGGAGGAGGUGCAGGAUGAACUUGUUCACCGUCUCACCAUCGGCCGGAGCGCUGCCCAGAGGAAGUUCCAUGUGCCACGACCAAACAUCCCAGUAGUUAACAUCACUUAUGACUCUUCGCCUGAGGAUGUGAAAGCGUGGUUGCAGUCCAAAGGAUUCAACCCUGUGACUGUCAACAGCCUUGGCGUGCUGACGGGUGCUCAGCUUUUCUCCCUCAAUAAAGAGGAACUGAGGACUGUUUGCCCAGAAGGGUCUAGAGUCUACAGCCAAAUUACGGUACAGAAAUCUGCCUUGGAGGCUAACAGUGGUAGUUCAGAACUGCAAGAAAUUAUGAGAAGACGACAAGAAAAAAUCAGUGCAGCUGCCACAGAUUCAGGUGUGGAGUCCUUUGAUGAAGGAAGCAGCCACUAAACGUGUUUCCUCUUUUCUUUAAUUCUACUGUCCAUAGCAUUAUACCAUCCAGCUUUGCUUUAGGAAGCAGUGAAGGGGAAUGUUCUACUAUAUUGUAAACGUAACUAGCCACCAUAAAUAAAAUUUACAGUAGUCUCCACAGAAGUACCAGCUGCUGGCUUCUCAUCAUUGAAAAUGAAUAGAUGGGAUAUUCAAUGGCGGUUCCUGACAGGUGAAAAUAUUGGCACAUGAUUCAUUUACACCCAAAGAUGUAUCUUGGCUUUAUGGAAUUCACGUAACAGACAAACUGGAACAUGUCUUUGUGAUUCAUCUGAGGGAAGCUGAGCCAGCAAUAAAAAAAAGCAUUUGAACCCUUUAGUAAUAAUAAGAUUCUGAAUCCCAUCUCUUGCUCUAAUGUGCGAUUAUGUCUUUUUGGCUCAGUCUUUCUUGUCGUGCAUUCGGCUGCAGGAUGUUUACUUAACUCAUUGAUGCCAGCAA